AUGGACUUGUUUUUGCCUCCACCUGAACCUCUGUCGCCUUUGCGCAGCUCUUUUGAUAUGGAUGACGAGCCUGAGAGACGAACUGGCAUGUCGACACCUUCGUCAUCACCUCCUGGGUCGGCUCCUGGUAAUACUAAUACUAAUACCAAUAAUAAUAGUAACUAUACCAAUAACAGUACUAAUAGUAAUACUAAUAGUAACACUAAUAGUAACAAUAACAAUAACAAUAACAAUAACAAUAACAAUAACAAUACCAAUACCAAUAACAAUAACAAUAACAAUAACAAUAACAAUAACAAUAACAAUAACAAUAACAAUAACAAUACCAAUACCAAUACCAAUACCAAUACCUAUACUAACAAUAAUAACAACAACAACAUCAACAUCAACACACCAGUUUCGGCAUGGACGCGCCACAAUGUACGAGAAUGGCUUGAAGGUCUUGGGUGUGGGGCCUACGUGCGAUCAUUUGACGAAAACCACAUUGCUGGCGAUAUUUUAUUAGAGGUGGAUGAGGCAGCACUACAAGAAAUUGGGGUGGUGCGUGUGGGAGACCGGAUCCGGCUGGGCCAAAGCUUAGAGGCCAUGAGGCGAGCGUGUGCACGAGCUGAAGUUGUGGCAGUGCAACAACAACGGGAACUAGCGGUACAACAGCAUGCACAACACGCACAACAAAUGGCACAAAUGGCGCAGCUACGGGUAAGACAUGGGUCUUAUGCAAGUACAUUAACACCGGUAGGAAAUUUUCAGGCAACAGCAUCACCUGUGGAAAGUUUUUUUACACCUAGCACGGGGGAAAGCUUGAUUCCUAUGGCUAAAACAGAAAAACAACCCCCGGCGACUUUUAUUAAUUACAAGGGUCAAUGUUUACAGGUUAAUGUAAGCAAAUACUUUGAUGCAGUACCUGUUAAGAAACGGGUACUUAAGAAAUUUGCACAAAAGGGGAUGGCACUUUGUGAAGGAGAAGAAAAAGUGCGGUCGGAUAAUGUUGUUAUGUAUGUUACAGAUGAGCUAGGCAAUGCACGAGCCAUGGAGGGUAUUGAAUUAAUUUCAUAUUGCCAGACUCAGGAAUAUAAAGAACGCGACCGGAUUUUGGUUUGUGUUCGGGGCCACACUCCAACGACGAUCCAAUUGGCAACGGCUCGGCAGAUUGUUCGACAACAGCAGCGGCAGCUUCAACGUCAGCAGCAGAUUCAGCAACAGCAGCAGCAACAGCAGCAGCAACAGCAACAACAACAAUAUAUACACUCUGAUUCCAAGUUAGAAGGGUUUAGACCCAAAUCUCAAGACAUUUCAAGAAACUUGCAAUCACUACAGGAGUUUUUCCCCGAGGCUGGUACCCAGGCACUCCGCAAAACUAUUCGCAACUCGCAAAUGUACACCAAACGCAUGUCACGACUAUCAAGAGUCUCGAACAGAUCUUCAAUUGCCAUGUAUUUGCAUGAUAGCGAUGGGGAAGAGGCGUCACCUCCGGUACCUGUACUGGAGGAUUAUUUACCUGCGACUGGGGGAGGAUUAAUAACCACUACGGCUGGGGCUGGGGCUGGGGCUGGGGCUGGGGCGGCCACAGCAGCAAUUUCUUCAUCUCCUUCUUCCUUAUCGUCCUCAUUUUCUUUAGUAUUACCGACAGCCAAGGAGCGACCGUUAAGCUUUGUUUCAACGACUUCAUCACUUGAGGAAAAAACCUUACCGCCUGUACCGGCAACGUUAAUACCAAGCGAAACUGCCGAUAUUCCUGAGAGUGAGGAGGAGUUUGCUAAACUGUUUCAGAGAGAACAGUCGGGUCCAUCGAAAUGGAUCCGGGGUAAGGAGAUUGGUGCUGGAAGUUUUGGCAAAGUAUAUCUUGGGUUAAAUUCAAUUACGGGUGAGUUGAUGGCGGUUAAGCAAGUUGAGUUACCAUCGACAGCUAAGGAACAGGACCAGAGACGAAGAGCAUUAAUGGUAGAAGCUUUGCAAAGGGAAAUGUCAUUAUUAAGAGACUUGGAACAUCCAAAUAUUGUACAAUAUUUGGGGUCUAAUUGUGAAAACAAUGUGUUAAAUGUGUUUCUGGAAUACGUCCCCGGCGGGUCCGUGGCGUCAAAGAUGCGUAACCGGGAGUCUGGUGUAUUUGAAGAGCAAGAGGUACGGCAAGUGGUACGUCAGAUUCUUGAAGGGCUCAAGUAUUUGCAUAGUAAGAGCAUUAUUCAUCGGGAUAUUAAGGGAGCCAAUGUAUUGAUGGAUGAUGAGGGACUUGUGAAGAUUUCUGAUUUUGGAAUAUCGAAAAAGUUAGAGGAGGAAAAAUAUAAUAAUGCUAGGACAUCGAUUCAAGGCUCUCCAUUUUGGAUGGCUCCGGAGGUUGCACGACAGAAACCAUAUACGUUUAAAACAGAUAUUUGGUCUUUAGGAUGUCUUGUUGUGGAAAUGUUUACAGGAUCACAUCCUUUCCCUCAUUUUAUGUCAUUACAGGCCCUUUAUAAUAUGGCAAAGGAAACACCUAUUUUACCUGCAAUUCCACAGGGUAUUUCAUCAUCUGCACAAGACUUUUUGGCCCAAGCAUUUGAAAUUGACUAUAAUAAACGACCCACAGCUGCUGAGAUGCUUGAGCAUCCAUUUGUUACAGGAAUAUAA